AUGCUCACGUCCAAUCUUAAAAGGCAUCACGAGGGGAUUGGAACGUUGGAAAGCACUGAUGAACGUCUUGCCCAAAGUGAGGAAGACAAAGCAAAUACACCUCUGGCAUUCUUUAAGGAAUUGUACAGACAACCAGCACCAUUGGUUAUGGCAGAUUAUCCCAGUGUGACAUCACAGCUGACCGAAAUAACUCUGACACCAGACGAAGUCGUUUACGAGUUAGCUACCCUAAAUAAGUUCAAGGGAGCGGGACUGGAUGGCAUCCAUCCCGCUAUUCUUAAACCUCUAGCGGAGAUACUCCAAGGGCCUCUGUCAAAGCUGUUUCAAGUAUCUCUAGGUAAUAGCAGCAUACCGGGAGAUUGA